AUGGACAAGGAUGGCAAGGCUCCGCCAUCUGUUGCCAAUGCAGACGACGAGGACGUGUCCCGCGAAGUUUACUUGGGAGUUGUCAAGUCCUACAACGACCGCCGGGGCUUUGGUUUCCUGGCAUGUGCAGAGACCGCAGAUCGCUUUGGACGAGAUGUCUACAUGCCGAAGGCAGAGGCAACCAUGGCUGCCCUUCUCGCUGCUGGUGUAGAUAGGGAGACCGCAAUCAGCAUGGUCAUGACCGGGAAUACGGGGGCUUCAGCCUCCUCCGCCGCGGCAGCGGCGGCUUGUUUGGGGCCGGAUGCUGCCAAGGCGGCGGCUGCGGCAGCGGAGAAGAAGGAAGACGGGGACAAGUCCACCGCGCCUCGUUUGGCCGAGGAGGACUUGGUCUUCUUUCGGGUCCGCCGCAGCGUGGAGGGCUAUCCCCAGGCGGUCUGUGUCCAACGCCUUCAGAAGCUCACGGGAACCGUGGUCCAUCCGCCGUCCACGCAGCCUGGACAGCCACAGCAUGGAGCGCUCACAAGCGACGAGGCUGUGGCGGUUUGCGGGCGCAGGGAGGUGUCGAUGGAAGUAGAAGCCUGCGGUCAGUUGCGACUAGUCCCUGGGGAUGUGGUGACUUUUUGCAUCCCCGAGGCUGAGGCAGAAGGCGCCGCCAGCGCCGCGGCCAAAGAGCCUUUCGCCAAGAUGGUCUCGUUGACCUGCACGGCCCGCGUGACCGGCAGCGUCCUGGGCUGCUUCACGUUGGACCUGCCCCGGACGCGCGACGAGCCGAUGGCGGCGCGGCCCAACCUGCGGCUGCCGUGCCACGCCUUCGGGGACAAGUUGGUGCUGGCGGGGCUGCCGGGAGACCUGGACGAGGCGGAGCUGAUGAAGUUCUUCUCCAAGCAGGGCGCCAGCUCAGCCAUCGUGGCGCACGCGCGGACCUGCAGCUUCGCCUCCGUGUCCUUCUCCUCCUUCGGGGAGAUCGCCAAGUUCCUGGCGCGCACGGCCCACGCCUACGCGGACGAGAAGGGCACCCUCAUUGCGCGGCUGCUGCCACUGGAGGCUCCGGACAUGGCCACGCUGCCGGCGUUGCCAGCGCCCUCCCUCACCAGCAACCUGCCCGAGGAGGCCGAGCCGGGGUCGCUGAUGGUGUACUGGUCGCCGCUGGUGCUGGCCGUGGCCUACUCCGUGGAGCUGCGCGUGGCCGGGAGCACGGCUCCCUGGUCCUCCGUAGAUGUGGCCUCCAAGCGCCUAGUGGCCACCACCAACCGCUUUGACUCCAACUGCUCCUCCUGCAAGGUGACGGGUCUGCAGCUCACAGCGGCCUACGAGGCCCGGGUCUCCUACUUCACGGAGUGCGGCACCAUGUCCGAGUCCUCCGAAGCCUCGGAGCCGUGCGUACCCUCCCAGGGCGCCUCCAAGGACGCGAAGCCGCCGGCGCACAGCCCGAAGCUGCCCCCGGCGUCGCUUUCCGAGGCCUAUCCCAAGCCCUUUAGCCAUCCAAGCCAUCCAAGCCAUCCAAGCCACUCCAGCCACUCCAGCCACUCCAGCCACCCAAGCCACCCCCUCUCCAGCCAUCCCAGCCAUCCCAGCCACCUGAUGCCGGCGCACGUGCCCCCACCCACUUCUCCCUGGCCUUGGACGCCGCCGGGUGACGUCUACCCGCCAGCCGCAGAUGUUCUAGGCUACAGUCCGCCUACCUGGCGCUCGCCCAGUGGCUUGGUGGUGCCUCCACCUGCCGCGCCUGAGCUGUGCCCCGCCGACGAGUUUGGCUUUGCCCUGUCGGUCCGGUGGCCAGCAGUGCUGCAGGCUGCUGCCUAUGUGGUUGAGCUGCGCGAGGCAGACACCAGCGUUUUCGAGCGCUUCGUGAGGUCCGCUCCAGAGGCGAAGCUUGGCACUUUGGUGGAACUUCGGGUCGGAGGCCUCCGACCAGGUCCUCCGCCGGGUCGUAUCUACAUGGCGCAGGUGCGCACCGUUGGCGCUGAUGGCUGGGAGUCCAUUCCCUCGGCCCCGGGCUGGUCUCCACCACUCCCAGCGCUGGAGGAGACCUCCGGGCCCACCAGUGGAGCCGGCGCCGCGGGUGCCGCGGGCGCUGCGGGCGCCGCGGGCGCCGCGGGCGCCGCUGGUCUGUCCGCGGACGCUGCGCCCUGGCAGCCCGAGCGGUCCACCAAGGACCCUUUGGCAAAGUCACUGGAGGUGGAGGAGAGGCGAAGGAUCGAGGAGGAGAAGAAGCAGGCGGAAAAGCUGCCCGAGAGAGCCGUGCAGAAGGGCGAAGCUCGGGUUUGGCAUAUCCUCAAGAAGCACAGGGACUUCUUUGGCAAACCAGCGAAGUCUUGGCGGCAGAAGGACAUUACCUGGAGCAAAAAGGAGGCCAAAGAAGCUCUCAAGAAUCUCAAGUUCAAGUUGGAGAACGUGGCGUACGGAGGUGGUGCGCAGGCGCUACAAAAGAAGUUUGAGAAUUAUGCCCGUGCGGAAAGCGACGACGACAUCUCGGCCAAAGUUGGCGGCGACUUGGGGCCAAUCACUAAGAGGAGGAAGUUGUUCGGCGGGUAUGAGAUAUCCAAGACUACCUUCGAAUUGAAGAUUGGCACCAUCUCCGACAUCGUCGAGAGUACAGAGGGUGUGCACCUUGUGGGCCGCUUCGAGUGA